AUGGCGCCACAAAAGUUGACGCAAGCUCAAAUUUUGCGUUUGAGCCAAAUCCAGCUGCAUGAUGCAGUGAAGGAUUGGGGCAUAGUCCUGCGUGGCAUGUUAGCUCGUGCGGUCUACACACAGGCGCUUUUGCAGUGGGUUUGGGUUCUCCAGAUCUUGUGGCUUGCAGCCGGCUCUCCGUGCAGCCAAAACCAAAGGUGUUCGGGAGGUUUUUGCAAGUUUUCUGUUUGCCUGAAGGCUACCGGUUCAACAGCGAAGGUUACCAGUUCAGAAGCAAAGCUCGCGAAGAAGAAGGAAGGCGGUGCCGAGGAAGCUACCGGUUCAACAGUGCUGCAAGCGGUGUGGAACCUUCCGGAGUCGGAGCAGCGGCAACUGUUAGUUGAGCUCCUCGAGAAGUUCUCCUUCAGUCCAGAAGCAAAGCUCGCGAAGAAGAACGAUGACUGUGCCGGGGAGGCUACUGGUUCAACAGCGAAGGCUUCCAGUCCAGAAGCAGAGCUCGAGAAGAAGAACGAAAACAGUGCCGAGGAGGAGAAUCCUUUCGAUGAGUUCCCUGCAAGCUCACCCGUGGCAUCAAUCAAGGACCUCGCGAAGAGCACGGCUUCUGGUGCCAACGCCACUCAAGCUGAGCAACCGCAAGAGAAGGAGGGCACUGCUGGUCCGUGCGUUGGGGAUGACGAGAACCUGGAGCCCAAGAGUGUCCAGGAAAAGGUCUGCACGCCAGAAAAGCGGAAACAGACAGCCGAUCCUGAUUACCUUUGGACUCCAGCUGACAAACCUGCUCGAACACACCUGUUUCGGAGUGGCAACGUCUCUGGUUGCAAGUACGAGGUCUUCCAGAGUUGCAAGGUGUGUGACCUCGAGAAGUGUCCGAAGUACAAGUACGUCAAGACCAAAGGUCAUCACGGUGCGGUUUGCUGGUUCUGUUGGGGUCGCAUGACUUUUCACGGCCGAAAGCAUCUCGAGCUGAAGAACGCAGGGCGGCUGGAGGACUUUAGCCCCGAGCAAGUCAAAGCCAUCAUUGCAGAGUCCAAGCAGCUUCGUGAAGAGCACGAGGCAAAAGAUGCGGCAUUUUGUCGUAAAUCUAAGAAGAAAGCCAAAGGCAAGAAAAAUGUGCAGAAGAAAGCGGCUAGAGGGAGGCGCCUUAGGAAAAAGGCGCUUAUGUCGAAGGCAUCCAAAGCAGCACGCAAAGCGUGA